AUGUCUAGGAGAUACGAUUCAAGAACGACGAUUUUUUCACCUGAAGGUAGAUUGUAUCAAGUGGAAUAUGCACAAGAAGCUAUUUCAAUGGCCGGUGCCGCAAUUGGUAUAGUCACUAGCGAAGGUGUCGUACUAGCCUGUGAGAAAAAAGUUACUUCAAAACUAUUGGAUGACGACGGAAGUGCUGAAAAAUUAUACAUAAUCAAUGACCAAAUGAUUUGUGCUGUAGCAGGAAUGACUGCAGAUGCCUCGAUCUUGGUCAAUAAUGCAAGGGUACAAGCCCAGCAGUAUCUAAAAACAUACAGCGAAGAGAUUCCAUGCGAGAUAUUGAUCAAGAGAGUUGCCAACAUAAUGCAAGGUUACACACAACAUGGUGGAUUGAGGCCCUUUGGUGUGAGUUUCUUGUACGCUGGGUGGGAUGAUAGAUACGAGUUUCAGUUGUAUACAUCGAAUCCUUCGGGAAACUUUAGUGGGUGGAAAGCAACUGCAAUUGGAGCUAAUAGCUCAGCAGCACAAACUUUGCUAAAAAAGGAUUACAAGGAAGAGUUGACUUUGAAAGAAGGUUGCGAGUUAGCCAUUAAAGUCUUGUCCAAGACAAUGGAUGCUUCUAACUUGAAUAGUGAGAAGUUGGAAUUUGCCACAUUGAGUUUAGAUAAAGAGGGUAAAGUUUUACAAAAGAUAUGGAGCGACGAAAAUAUAGAUAGCUUGAUUAAGGCAAGUGGAGUAUUGGAUGAUAAGAAGAACGAUGAUGAAUAG